AUGGAAUACCCUCAGAAUGUGGGCAUCAAAGCCAUGGAAAUUUAUGUUCCUGCGCAAUGCCUGGAUCAAACCUUAUUCGAAAAGCAUGAAGGUGCAUCUGCCGGAAAAUUUACUAUCGGCUUAGGCUUGACUUCAAUGAACUACUGUACUGACAGAGAGGAUGUAUGCUCCCUCGCGUUGACAGCCGUGUCAUCACUUCUCAGAAAAUACAACAUUGAUCCCAACUCCAUUGGACGACUGGAAGUUGGAACAGAAUCCAUGGUCGACAAAGCAAAGUCCGUCAAGACUGUACUUACACAGCUCUUUGAGCCCCAUGGAAACACUAGCAUGGAAGGAGUCGAUACCAUGAACGCAUGCUACGGUGGAACUAACGCCCUCUUCAAUGCAGUUAACUGGGUAGAGUCUCGCUCCUGGGAUGGUCGUGAUGCCAUGGUAGUCGCUUCCGACAUUGCGCUUUACAAUCAGCCCGCUUCGCGGCCAACAGGCGGUGCUGGCUGCGUGGCCAUGCUCGUUGGUCCUAAUGCCGUUUUGUCACUGGAGCCAUCUCUUCGUGGGACUUACAUGACGCACUCAUUUGACUUUUACAAACCGAAUUUGAAGUCCGAGUACCCUCUUGUGAAUGGUCAUGAGUCAGUCAGAUGCUACCUCUCCGCCGUGGACAACUGCCACAAAAACCUGUUGCAGCGCAGAGAAAAGUUUAAGAACAGGUCUAACGGGCAUUCUGUUGACCAUGACGAAAAGGGUGGUGUCUUGGACUUGUUUGACUACAUGGCGUUCCAUACGCCAAACUGCAAGCUGGUUUCCAAAUCUUACGGCCGUCUCAUGUACAAUGAUGCACUCCGAUCGCAGGACGAAGCUGUGUGGAAGAUGGUCUCGGAGGAUUUGAGAAGUCUAAGCUACCAAGAGUCUCUUCACAGUAAGGAACUAGAAAGGGCUUUUAUCGGGCUGAGCAAAGAGCAGUACUUGUCUCGAGUUGAACCCAGCAUCAGGGCUCCAACGUUGUGUGGUAAUAUGUACACUGCCAGCGUCUACUGUUCCCUCAUUAGCCUUGUGAGCCAUAUCGACGCCAAGGAAGCUGUAGGAAAGACUAUCGGCGUUUAUAGCUUCGGGAGUGGUCUUGCCAGUACUCUUUUUGGGCUCAAAGUAACUGGCGAUUUGACCGAAAUAGUGAAAAAGGCGGAUAUUAUGAACAGGCUGAAGGGGCGCCACGUCGCUACGCCUGAAGAAUAUGAAGAGGCUUGCGCUCUUAGAGAAUUGGCAUAUGGAGCGAAGAACUACAAACCCACUGGUGAUAUCUCGCGUCUUGUUCCUGGCACCUACUAUCUGGACAACAUUGACGAAGAGUUUCGUCGGACAUACGCAAUUAAGAAGUAG